AGCCUGCUAAAUAAAACUGAACUCUUGGAAUGGCAUACCAUUUGACCUUUUGAAGGUUCUCCAGCAGUAUUUAACUGGUGCAAAAGGAGCACACUCGCAAUUGUCCACUUUUGACAUGACAGACCCUCCUGUUAGUUCACACAAUGUUCAAAAGGCAGAAGUCCCUCGCUUCAGAACGCAAGAGAGGAUUAUUUUCCCAAAGAGCUACACGGUUCAUACUGAGGGAUGAUAUGAGAAAUUUUCACUUUUUGUCAAAACUUGUACUCUCAGCGGGCCCUCUAAAACCAACACCAGCAGUCAAACAUUCAAAAACAACUCACUUUGAGAUUGAAAUACUUGAUGCUCAAACAAGGAAACAGAUAUGUAUUCUGGAUAAGGUGACACAAUCAUCUACUAUUCAUGAUGUUAAGCAAAAGUUUCACAAAGCAUGUCCAAAGUGGUACCCUUCUCGAGUUGGUCUGCAGCUAGAAUGUGGUGGGCCUUUUUUGAAGGACUACAUUACCAUUCAAAGUAUUGCAGCUUCCUCCAUUGUCACACUGUAUGCUACAGAUCUAGGUCAACAAGUCAGCUGGACCACAGUAUUUUUGGCUGAAUACACAGGACCUCUGCUAAUAUACCUCCUCUUUUAUUUGAGGAUUCCAUGUAUAUAUGAUGGAAAAGAGAGUGCUAGAAGAUUACGCCACCCGGUGGUACACUUGGCUUGUUUCUGUCAUUGUAUACACUACAUCCGAUACCUUUUGGAAACCUUAUUUGUUCACAAAGUUUCUGCAGGACACACACCUUUGAAAAAUUUGAUAACGAGUUGUGCCUUUUACUGGGGAUUUACUUCUUGGAUUGCCUACUACAUUAAUCAUCCACUGUAUACACCACCAUCAUUUGGAAACAGGCAAAUCACAGUAUCUGCUAUCAAUUUUCUGAUUUGUGAAGCUGGGAAUCAUUUCAUUAAUGUAAUGUUGUCUCAUCCCAAUCACACAGGAAACAAUGCCUGUUUCCCAAGUCCAAAUUAUAACCCCUUCACAUGGAUGUUUUUCCUGGUUUCAUGUCCUAACUACACCUAUGAGAUUGGAUCAUGGAUUAGUUUCACAGUCAUGACACAAACACUGCCAGGUGGUCUCACUGCCUAAGACAUCAAAAUAAAAAGCCUGACAAACUUACACCAUCUUGUUAUAAAUAUUAAUGCUACAGGUAUAAUCCUGCAGCGGCCAUGUACGCGUUUUUAGCCUUUAAAACCUAAGCUUCAUAUAUAGGUUUUAGGAGUUACUAUACAUAAGAUGUACACAUAUGCAUAUAUGUAUGGGUGUGUGUGUAAAUGUGCGCACUUAUAAACUUUAAUGAUACUCUCUAAAUUAAUAUAUAAGGUUUAUAUAAAUAAUAAGUUUGCAUUGAUGGCUGAAAAAUUGUGCAUUUCCUUUAAUAUAAAACAAAUCUCUAUAAUCUCACAUAUUCAUGGUUUUUUUACCACAUAUCUAAGUAACUUAAUCUUAGCUUCUGAAGUAUUUUGCAGGAACAGCAUUUAACACUGCAGAGAUUAGUUGUAGGUGUCUUAAUUACAUUUAUAUAUCAGUGUGUUUGGUGGGGAAAGAAGAUAAAAAAUAAAACAUUUAAAUAUAAAAUUAAAAUUAAAAUUAAAAUUAAAUAUGACAUUUAUUUAUAGUAGAUGUCAUAAUUUGAUGAUAUUCAUAGGAAAAACAUAAAGGAAAAAUUUAAAUGCAAAAAAAUAUAUACAUACACUACAUAAAUUAAUAAUAAAAUUAGUACCAUGGUUAUUUGUUGAAGUAAUAUACUGUCCUAAAUAUGUUUCGUUAUACCGUGUUCUCUCAGAGUUAACACUCUCAUCCUGCAAAUAAAAGAUAUAUUCUCAAAUUCUACAAUUCUUGUGUGUGUAUUUUCAACAGUUGUGAUUUUUAUGUCACGAUAAAUUAUGAUAAUAUUAGCAACUUUGAAAUUCUAUGCUUUGUGACUUAUAGGCCUCAUUUCUAAUUUAAUAAGGUAUGUAUGUAUUUGAUAUUUUCAUAAAAGCAAUACAGGGUUUGGCCAAGAAGUUUUGCCAUCUAUGAAAGGCACACAUUUGAUGCUAUUAUAAGCCAUAUUAACUGGAGAACAUUUCUAAAAUACUUCUAUUUCACAUGCAAAUUUUAUACUCUAUAUAUUGAUGGAUUUGUUUCUUAGAUUGAGAUUCAGAUGUGGCAAUCAGUGAGAGAGGAAAAAGGUACAAGCCUGUCUCUACUUUUUAGAUAGUUUGCUUAAGAGACAAAACAAGUUCAACUUUAAUUGAAAUAUUGCGUGUUUGCUUGCUUAAUUAUUCUGUUAUCCCUUAAAUUAAAUAUUCUUUAUAAUAAGCGUGUCUUUGAACAUGAAAAAAGAUUAACAGCUCUGAGCGUGAAACUUUUCCUAUCAUGAGAGACAUUUUAGCCUCAUCGCAAGAAGACUUUUGCUUUGCUCAAACCAUCCCGUAUUUCUUUUUGACACUUGGAAGUAUGCCUCUGCUUCUUUUAUUUCUUUUAAACAUUCUGGAGUUUUUGUUGUUUUGUUGUUAACUGUUGCCAAAUUAAUAAUUGUUAGAUGACAAAUGUCCUUAAAAAGUGUUUUUCAGUAAUUGUGCCUAAAGAAAUACAGUUAUAAUUGUCAUCAAA